CCGACGGCUGGCAACCAUGGCAUGAAGUUGAUCGGCCCUGCAGGAGCGUAGAGAGGGCGAAAUGGGCAACAACCACACUGCGGACCGCCAUGGUGCCGUUAUCGACGAACACACGCUGGACUUCCUCCACAAAGCCGACAGAGAUGCCCUCCACACGUAUGCAGACCACACAGAAAUGACAUGAGGGAAGGGGAGCGGCAGUUGACAGCUGUGUGUGUGUGGGUGUGUUGGCUAUCUGUGUAUGUGUGCAGCCGGUUGGAGGUCGGCAGCCUCAGCCACGGCCCGUUUCCUCUGGGAAGUCGACUUCUCGGCCGCCGUCCUGAGCAGCCGACUCAAUCGCUGCCUGGCCGCCAAGGGGCUGCACGCCAUCAUCGCCUUCGACGCUCAGCUGGACCGCCCUUUGCUGCUGAAGGCCAUCUGGCUGGUGGACACGCAGCAGUGGACCGAGGUGGCCAAUGCGCUGCAGUUGGCGAGGCAGCGCGGCUUCUGCCAGCUGCCCAUCACACUGGCUGUGGCCGACAUGCAGCGUCACGAUAGCAAACAGGUGGGCAGAUGAGCGUGGGGCGGGGUGGGUGGCACUCAUCGGUCUGUCUGUCUGUGUGUGUAGGCGUAUUUGGCCGAUGCGCGUGUGAUUGCGCUGUGGAAGAUGGUCGGCAGACACGUCAACUUCGGCGGCAACUACGGCCGUUUUGAGCUGUUCGACCAGCCGGGCGGCGGUGUGCGUGCCUUCAAGGACGAGCCGGGCUUCGAGCUGGACAUCAACCCGCCCCUCCCCCCCGCCCACCCAUACCACCCACACACCAUCAACGACAACCCGCCCGUCAGAUCCUCAAUCGACCUGCAGGGGGGCAGCUGGACGGCCAGUGAUGAUGUUCUCACUGAUGCCUCAGCGUCGGCGUUCAUCAUGAGGACAAUCAUGCGGGCCGGGAAUUGGGGCGCCACUCCAUGGGCCUACGUGGACCGGUAUGCAGAACACACGACACUCGGGCAGACACUCAUCCAUCCAUCAGGGCCUCUUCCCUCUGCUCUGUGUUGGUCUCCUCAGCCAUGCUCACGGCGGUGUGCUGGACGGCCUCCUCAACCACUCGCCCCACCAGCCCCCCGACAGGUGCACGGCCGUUGUGGCGAGCAGGGACGAUGAUAAUGGUCCCCCUGUAGAGUUUCGGAUUCUGCAGCUGACGCCAUUCGACAGCCCAUUUGUCGCAGACAUCAUUCUCAUCACCUGGGCCCACGGCACGAACAGCGGUACGGGAUGGAGCCACAGAUCUUCUGCUGAUUGAGUCAUCCUUUGACGUGUGCUGUUUCGCUUCAUGCAGUGACUGUGGGUGUCGUCACCGACGAGCCGCCAGUAGGUGAUGCAUCGGAUGCCUUCAAGGACCGCCGGCCCUCUACCGCCCCUCUAGUGGGCGGCCUGGUGGGCAGCACCAUAGCAAACAUGGUGGUCAACCAACAGGAGGAAGUCACCGAUGAGGGUGAGUGUGCAGCCAGCCGCCUCCAUCUCGGUCUGUCGGCUGGAUGAAUCGGUGUGUGGUUUGUGCAGAAGAGGGUGCGGGCGAGGAUAGUGACGAUGACGACGAUAGCGAUAGCGAUGAGGGUGAGGAGUCAGUGGGGGGGGCCGUGUUUGUGUCUGGGCUCACUUGUACGUUUGCAUAUGUUGCGUGUGCAGAUCUGGAUGGGGAGGGCGAUGGCCAUGGCGACGGCCAGCAGCAGCUGCAGGAGGAGGAGGAGGAGGAGGGUGAGAUGGGCGGAGGGGAUGAGCCAGAUCAGAGCGACACACAUGCAUUCGUUGUGUGGUUGUGUGGGUUAUGGAUGUCUGCUUCAAUGUGUCAGGUGAGGGUGUGGAGAGGGAGGCCAAGAGAAGGAGGGUGGAGGAGAGCUAGAUGGCAUGGCACCGUACCAAUGGCAGAGACCAAUGUGGCUCUAUCGGCACCAUGUGGUGCCUGUAUGCCCCCGUGGUGGACAGAGAUGCAUGUGUAUUGCCAGUACAUUCGAAUUGUUCCAGCGGCUGGCUGACCCACACACAUCUCUCUGCCAGCUCUGAGAAGGUCAUUCAUGGCUGCUCUGCCUGCACACUCGAC